AACCAAGCCUCAGACUUCUAUAUCAGAUGAUUCAGAUGAUCAUAUAAAUCAGCAUAACGAGAACGAUAAAUUUUCUUUCACGAAUGUGUAUGCUCAGAAAUUAGAUAACGAAAGUACACUCCUCG